GUAGUGAACCUCUCCUUUGGCUGUCUGCCACUUCGUAUAAUUUUGCAAUUGCCUCUUUUGUAAUUUUAAAAUUAAUUAUCAUUUAAUAACCACAAUCUCAAAAAGAUAUCGUGACAGUUCGACAGAUGUACUCUGACAUUUGAUCAACGACUACAAGGAAGCAUGUGUGUUUAGUUCCUGUUUUGAUUAUUUUAACUAAGCGGUAACUAACAAAAUCCACCAUGAGUCGAAUGGAAUUUGAUGCACCUCCGUGGGACCAGAACACAUUCAUCGGUCGACUGAAGUACUACGCUUGGGUGACAGACCCAAGGUUAGCACUGUGCACAGACACACAACUAAAUGAAGCAAAGACACUUCGGGAUCUCUACCUUGCAGGUAAAGAACCUCCGAACGUCUCUCGAAAUGAGGUGUUACGGGCCAAGCAGAUAUACGAGAGUGCGUUCCACCCGGACUCGGGUGAGAAGAUGAACGUGUUUGGUAGGAUGUCGUUCCAAGUCCCGGGUGGUAUGCUUAUCACCGGCGCAAUGCUCACAUUCUACAAGACUACUACGGCAGUUGUGUUUUGGCAGUGGGUGAAUCAGUCGUUCAACGCUCUAGUCAACUAUACAAACCGCAACGCUAAGUCUCCGCUGACAGAGACACAGAUGGGCGUCGCGUACGUCUCGGCCACAGCGGCCGCGUGCUUCACGGCCAUGGGACUCAAGUCCUACUUGGCCAAGAAAGCUGGCCCGAUGAUGCAGAGAUACGUCCCCUUUGCGGCCGUGGCUGCAGCCAACUGCGUCAAUAUUCCGCUCAUGCGACAAAACGAGUUGAUCAAAGGCAUCGACGUGUCAGAUUCUAAUGGGAAUAUCAUCGGUGAAUCAAGGAUGGCCGCAGUCAAAGGUAUCAGUCAGGUGGUCCUAUGUCGAAUCAUCAUGUGUGCUCCAGGAAUGAAUAUUUUGCCAAUCAUAAUGAAGAGGUUGGAACAGAACCCCAAGUUCAAAGCUGCGGCGUGGUUCCACGCUCCAUUCCAAACCAUGAUGGUGGGAGGAUUCCUGCUAUUCAUGGUCCCGCUUGCCUGCUCUAUCUGGCCUCAGAGAUGUUCUCUGGGUACCUGGGUGAUGGAGCGUUUUGAGGAAGACAGAUUUAGUGAUAUGGUUAAGAAAGUCGGAAGUAAAGAAAACUUACCAGAUGAAGUAUAUUUCAAUAAAGGGCUUUAAACACCUUUGAUUGACGCAAUAGCAAACAAGUAAUAGAAACCUAAUUAAAUGUAGGUGAAGAGUGUCGUAUUUUCAAUUUUAUUUCAAGUCUCGAAGUAGGCCAAUGUAAUUCUUUUUAACUUUUAUUAUUUUUGUUUGCUAUUUAUAUUCUUAGAACUUGUUUUAUCAAAUUGUGAAUUUAAGGUUUUAAAAUCUCAUUUAUUUAAUUUCGUAGUUUUGAAUCCUUGCAAUAAUUUUAUCUUUAUGUACCCAAGUCUGAUACAGCCAUAUCUUCCUAACGCUAUAUUACUGUAUACAAAAUUGCAAUAAUUGUUUUACCGAGUUGUAUGCAUUUACUUUCAAGUCCAUUUUGUCAGCUGUGUUCUUUACUCUUCAUUAUUUAUACAACCUAUUUAGUUUUAAUAAAA